GCCACCAGACUCCUUGUUGUUUUUGUAGAUACAGACUAACACGGCUAUCCCCUGAUACUUGACUCCCUGCACAGGAUUCCCCAUUCCCAAACCUGACCUGAUCACUCAGCUGGAACAAGGGAAAGAGCCGUGGGUACCCGAUCUCCAGGCCUAUGAGGGAAGAGAGAUCCCAAGAGGCGCCCACACAGCACAAUGACUCCUGUCUGAAUUGUCUCUCUCCCAGCAGAUGAUGAGAGAGUGAGUGAGAAUAAGGAUGGGAAUCGACAGCAGGAAGUUUCUGGGCAUGGGGAACCACAGGGGACCUUUGUGGGAAGAGCUGAAGAGAAAUUUUCCCAGUGCUUGGAACAGGGAGAAGCCUGGGAAAAUUGGCAGAGGUCAAAGAGUCUGCUGGGAAAACCCUUAAGGGAGCAAAUGGAUGAAUUUGUUAUAUAUGGGGAAGGACACAGGAAUCCCACAGCCAGGGAGACAACCCCCAAGGGAGACAAAUGCUAUGAAUACCUCAGUUCUGUUACGCUUCAGGCAAUAAAUACUGGAGAGAAAACACUUCAAUGGUUGGACUGUGGGGAAACCUUCAACAAGUGCUCAGAUCUUGCUAACCAUGGGAGAAGCCACCUGGGCGACAGAUCCUCUCGGUACCUGGAGGGCAGGAAUUGUUUGAUUUGGAAGUCAGCGCUGAUUACACAUCAGAAAAUCCACACAGGGGAUAGACCACAUAAGUGCUUAGACUGUGGGAAAAGUUUCACCUGGAGAUCAGCCCUUGUUAGACAUCAGGCAAUCCACACCGGAGAGAGACCCCAUAAGUGCUUGGACUGUGGAAAAAGUUUCCUAUGGAGGUCAGUCCUCGUUAAUCAUCAGGCAGUCCACACAGGAGAGAGAACCCACAAGUGCUUAGACUGUGGAAAAAGUUUCACAUGGAGAUCAGUCCUUGUUAGACAUCUGGCAAUCCACACCAGAGAGAAACCCCAUAAGUGCUUAGACUGUGCGAAAAGUUUCAUACGGAGGUCAGCCCUUGUUAAACAUCAGGCAAUCCACACUGGAGAGAGACCCUAUAAGUGCUUGGACUGUGCGAAAAGUUUCAUACGGAGGUCAGCCCUUGUUAAACAUCAGGCAAUCCACACUGGAGAGAUACCUUAUAAGUGCUUGGACUGUGGGAAAAGUUUCAUACGGAGGUCAGCCCUUGUUAAACAUCUGGCAAUCCACACCGGAGAGAGAUCCCACAAGUGCUUAGACUGUGGAAAAAGUUUCCUGCAGAGAUCACGCCUUCUUAUACAUCAGAGAAUACACACUGGAGAGAGACCCCAUAAGUGCUUGGACUGUGGGAAAAGUUUCAUACAGAGAUCACAUCUUCUUAUGCAUCAGAAAAUCCACACCGGAGAGGGACAUAAGUGCUUAGACUGUGGGAAAAGUUUCCCAUGGAGGUCAGCCCUCGUUAAUCAUCAGAGAAUCCACACAGGAGAGAGACCCCAUAAGUGCUUGCAUUGUGGGAAAAGUUUCAUACUGAGGUCCGACCUUGUUAGACAUCAGGCAAUCCACACGGGAGAGAGACCCCACAAUUGCUUAGACUGUGGGAAAAGUUUCAGAUGGAGGUCAGCGUUUGUUAAACAUCAAGCAGUCCAUAAAAGAGGGAGACCAUAAGACUCUGGGAAAGGUUUCAGAAACAGAUCGGGCAAUCCACACAGGAGAGUGACCCCAUAAGUGUUUGGACCAUCUGAAAAGUUUCACAGAAAGAUCAAAUCUUAUAACACUCAGAGGAUCCACACAGGCGAAAGAUCCCAUCAGAGCUCAGACUGGAAAAAGUCUCCUACAUAGGUCAGACUUUGUUAAAAAUCAGCUAAUCCACACAGACCUUGCUAAAAAUCAGGCAGUCCACACAGGAGGGAGCCCCCAGAAGUGCUUGGACUGUGGCAAAAGUUAUACACAGAGAUCACACCUCAUUAAACAUUGGAGAAUUCACACACGAUCUAAACUUCUGUGUCACCUGGUUCGAAAGAGUUAAGAACCUUGCAUGCUCAUUGACCAGCUCCAACCUUUUGAAACAUGUUAGAAAUGUGUGUAAAUGUAUUUGGGGCCAUUCCAAGAAACAGAGCCUAGAACUUUGAAAUGUAAACUGGUGUUGUUAAAAAAUUGGAAGAAGAUAGUAGUGCUCUUGAUUAAUUGCAGUUAAGUCACAUGAUUAACUCAAAAAAAUUCAUUGUGAUUAGAAAAAUUAAUCUCGAUGAAUCACAUUGUUAAACAAUGGAAUACCAAUUGGAAUUUGUUAAAUGGUUUUUG